GAGGACCAUCCCUUCGUUCCCAGAGGACAAGACGAUAGUCGAUCACCGUGUCCCGCAUUGAAUACACUGGCUAACCACGGUUAUCUGCCUAGAAGCGGGAGGAAUAUCCGACCUAGAGUCCUAAUCAAGGCUUUGCAGGAAGGAUACAACUUGACAUAUCCACUUGCGGCGUUCUUGACCUAUGGUGGAUUUAUUCUGCUGGGUCAAUUCGCAGAGGUUUCUCUUCAGGAUUUCUGCAGACACGGCCGAGUAGAACACAACGCAUCCCUGAUACACGAGGAUACCAAACCAGGAGACGAAUACGCCCCAAAUGUCACGCAGCCUCAAUAUAUGAAAGCGCUCGAAGCCGACUCGGCUGAUGGAGAGCAUUUGACCGCGUUCGAUGUUGCCAAAGCCCGAGUGCGACGAGAGGCGGAGUCGAAAGACAUGGAUGCCUUGCAUGCUGAAGUUGCGAGGGGAGAGAUGGCACUGGUACUGGGAAUAUUUGGCGGCGCGGAGGAGAAGGUGCCGUUGCAGACAGUGCGGCAUUGG